AUGGCAAUACUUUCUCAUUUAAUAAAUUUUUCAUUAAAUCUUUACAACGUCUUGAUACAACUUAAUUACAAAUACAUAUUCAGCUUAAUCUUUUUAUAUUAUGUGAUUCGUCCUUACAUAGAAUACUUUAGAACACGUAAAAAUCGAGCUCCUGGUCCAUUACCAUGGCCAUUGGUUGGUUAUUGGCACAUUUAUCUUUAUGGUGACGUUGCAAAAAAACAAUAUGAUUUAAAUGAGAAAUACGGUGACGUUGUAGAAAUCGAAAUGUACGGGUUUAGAUGCAUUCUGAUUAGUGAUCCUAAAUUAUUAAAAGAUCUAUUUAGUCCAAGUGUCCGUAGUCCUUUCCUACGUAGAAUACCUCUGUUGCCCGGUUUCAUUGAAUUGGGUAUGGACAAAGAAGGCUUGUUGUUGAAUUUGGAUGUUGAUAGGUGGCGUCAUAAUCGUAAAUUUUUCCAACAGUCAUUAUCUCCACCUUCAUUCAUCGAUUUGAGUACAAAGUACACGCGAGAAUGUUGUGAAGAGAUGAUGGAUUAUUGGAGAAAUGUGAAUGACGGAACUGUUAUUAGAUUAGAGGAAUGGUAUCGAGCUUUUACAAGUGAUAUGAUGGGUUUGAUAGCAGCCGGUGGUAAAGAAGAAUCAAUGAAAAUUUUAUACAAUAGGGUCAUUAAUAAUUAUUCUGCCAAAAAAACAAAAGAAAUCCAGAGUGAGAAUAAAGGUGAAAAAUACCGGCAAUUACGUUCCGAGUAUCCAGAUGCUUGCGCAUUUUAUAUUUUUGUACCAAAAUUAUUAUGGAACUUGCCUUUUAUUAAAAGUAGAUAUCAAUAUUAUAGAAAUGUACUUGAUCGGUUGACAGAUUUUGAAGUUAAUUUCAUCAAAGAACAUUUUCUAACAAUGUUAAUCACAAUGAACGGCGAGGUUGAACCAACACCAGAUGAAAUUAAUCAAAAUCUUAGAGAAAUGUCCAGUGCAGGAACAGGCACAACCACCACAACUUUAUGUACAACAACUUAUCUUUUAGCAGCACAUCCUGAAAUUGAAAAACGUAUGCUUGAUGAAAUCUUGGAAGUCGUUGGGCCUGAUCGACCAGUUGAAUCUUCCGAUCUUCCAAAGCUUGAAUUCACCGAAGCAAUCCUCAACGAAGCAAUGAGAUUAUACCCAGUCGUGCCAAUAACAUAUCGUUACUCGCCAGAUUACGAUACACAAAUAGCUGGCUACAAGUUUCCACCGAAUACAGUCUUCGCAAUAGAUCUUGGUCAUAUUCAUCGUAAUCCCAAAUAUUUUAAAGAUGCUGAUAAAUUUGUUCCGGAUAGAUUUAUGGGCAAAGAUUGGAAAGAUACCAUUCCACAAUUUGCUUUCUCGCCAUUUGGUCAUGGAAUGAGAUCUUGUCCUGGUAAACAUUUGGCAAUGACGGAAAUGAAAGUUAUUUUGGCUACUCUUUUUAGAAAAUUUACCUUUAAAUUAGUCAAACCUAAUGAUCCUCUUAAUAUUAAAUUCACAUUGGUAAAUGAUAUUUCUGAAUUGGAUGUUUAUGCCGAGAAACGAAUUCUUUAA